AUGAACAUUGCUACGUAUAUACCUCCGAGUGAGCAGGAUCCAAACGAUUUGGCGUGGAUGAGAGAAGCUCUGAAUAUGGCAGAAGAAGCAUUGGCGAACGACGAGGUACCUGUAGGUUGUGUGUUUGUGAAAGAUGGAAAUGCGAUCGCCCGAGCUAGAAAUAGGACGAAUGAGUGGAGAAAUGCAACCCUCCAUGCAGAAUUGGAAGCUAUAGACCAUCUUUUACCUUUCCACCCUGCACCACUGAGCACGAUCACCCUCUACGUGACUGUCGAACCUUGUGUGAUGUGUGCCUCUGCACUCAGGCAGAUAGGUAUAGGGAGGGUCGUAUAUGGCUGUGGGAACGAUAGGUUCGGUGGAUGUGGGAGUGUGAUUGAUGUGAAUAGCUCCCCUCGCUUGAAUACACACCCUGCAUAUAUAGCUGAAGGAGGAUAUUAUAGGGAAGAAGCGAUCAUGCUCUUGAGGAGGUUUUACAUGUCCCAGAAUCCAAAUGCACCCAAACCAAAAGCUAAAGCCACUAGAGUACUCAAAACGGACAUUGCACCCGUUCCUUCCACACCUUCAUCGUCCAGACCACCAUCAACCACUCCGCUCAAACGAAACACAUCUUCUUCAACUCUCAUCACCCCUUCUUCGGGCACUUCGACCCCCGCGUUGGAGAUACCGCCCAGUGACUCAACGACUACGGACGAGUUUGUAGGGUCUAUGGACAGCCAGAAAACCAUAUUACCCAUUGGAUCAACUAUCGCGAGUACACCUAUACCAGGACCAAUAGAUUGA